CACCAUGCCCGGCAAGGUCAGGUGGUAGGAUGGCACCCUUCUCCACAUUCACCUGGUUCAACAACUCAUCUUGACGCCACCCAUCACUCAUAACGACCGUCUUCUCGUCCCGCUGAUCGCUAUCUGCAGAACAAGCAGGUUUUCUCGUUCAAAAAAAAAAAAAAAAAAAAACAUGGAUACGGACGUUUCUGAAGAUACUGUCCACCGGCCUCAGAGGAGAUCGAUGCGAAGGCAGUCGAUAGGAAAGACUCUGGUUUUUGAAGCGACCCCGAGAGCUCCUCUAAAGAGGUCUAAACUGGAGAGGGUAAAGAAGCCAGCUUCUUCUUCUGUCCCAAACGUUAAUGUAUCCAGAAAUGUGGAAAAUGGCACAGAAGAUGAAGAGUCCCCCAUUAAGAAGAGUCGACUAGAGGAAAACGAAAUGUCGGGUGGCAGUGGUGAUAACAAAGAUAUGGAUGGCCAGAAAUCACUUCUAGAACAAAAUGCAGACCAGGAAAUGGACUUCGAGGAAGGUGCCUUCCAUAGCCCGCAUAGGCCAAAAAUAGCACUUGGUUCUACAGGAGAUCUGAAUUUGUCCCCGUUUGUUGUGCUUGGCAAGCGCUGCCGUAUAAGCGACAAUACAGACAUAUACUUGGAAAAACACAAAGAAGUCAAUGCAUCAACUAAAAGAACUCCAUUGUUCACAAAGCCAAGUGCACCGACAAGAUCUUCGGACAGCACACACAAUCUGCUAGGCCAGAAGAUCACCAGCAUGGCCGAGUACAAGAAGGAGAUGGAGGCCAAAGCCAAGAGCUGUGAUGUCCACAGAGUCAACCACUAUAGUGUUCCAAGUCUGCACGCACCCUCUUUGAAAUUGUCCGAGAUACGACGGAGAGCUAAUAAUGUUCCCGCUCGGAAAGAAUCCAUCUCAAAGAAGAAACCAGAAACUAAAAAAAAACAAGAGAUUAACAAGAGAGUCUCUGAAGAAUCAUCACGAGGGUUCCUUCAAUAUUUCUGCUGGCUGGUUCUGCUUGUGCUACUACUCAGCUCUGCUGUGCUGCUGGUCAACAAGAAGAAGCUGAUCUCUGUGUUCCAGAGGUCUGCGGAAGGAGCUGGGCGCCCAUCCAGGUCCGUUAGGCUUGAGCCGUUCGCGGAUCUCUUCUCUCAACUGGAGGCUCGCUUCCGCAAUCAAAGACCCGAAUUGUGGAAGAGGGGCAGGACCCACUUGGAGAAGCACCUCAAAAGCACUAAACCCACGGAGCCCGUCAGUCUAAUCCUGACAUCGGGCCGCAGCGGUCAAAAGACAUUGUCCUGCCUGGCCGAGGGCUUGGCCUCCGCCUUCUCCUCGGCUCUCGAAUCUUCCGUGCUCCUCAUCGACGGAGCAGGCAAAGCCGGCCUGGAGAGCGACGAGGUGAAGCUGGACAUUGACGGGCAGCUGCAGGCGGCCUUUAGUGGAAACCGAGCGGCGGCUGUCAUCCACCGCUUGGACGAGCUGCCGCCUGGCUCCACCCUAAUUUUUUAUCGCUACUGUGACCAUGAACACGCCGCCUACAAGGAGGUCUUCCUAUUGUUUACUGUGCUGCUACCUCAGGACGAGGUCAGUGGGAACCUGGGGGUUGUCGAAGAGCUGGUUCAGGACUAUCUUAAGGACCGCCUCGUGGCCCCAAGCAGUCACAUGGGAUUUAAUGAGAUGGACACGGACAAGUUUGGUGGACUGUGGAGCAGGAUCUCUCACCUUGUCCUGCCUGUAGUUGCCGAGGAGGAAGUUGAGCAGAACGGAUGCUGAGAGGCCAGACGGGCGUUUUAACAAAGGACCAGACUGGGUCAUUCCAUGGUUUGAAAAAAGAAAAAAAUCCUUCUCCUCUGAGGUUUUCUUAGUACUAUACUUCCUGGAGUAUCUUCACGAUCGGAGGAAAAAUUGUGAAUUUUCUGUAUGUACCUUUGAAGUACAGUGGCACCAAGAUUUACAAACAAUUGGGUUUAUGAACAAUUGUUUCUAAAAGAAAAGUUACGACGGGUUACAAUAUUAUUCUGGUUUAAGCAGAUCAGAAUAUGGUUGUUCUUCUUGCACCGCAUAAGCAUACUCGCCCGGUGCUUCAGGUGUCUUAUCUGCCUAAAUGCCCACAACUUCCCACAAUGCAAUGCAAAAGCUACGCUGCAUUUGUGGGAGGUGGUGGCCAUUUAGGGUUACCAGAAACCAGAUUGUAUGCAAAGUUACUGUACCCAAAAAGGCUAAGACUAUAUAUUGAUUUGCAACUCUCUAUUUCUACAUCAAGAAAUGUUGUUUCCACCCAUUUCUGUAAUGCGAAGUAUUUAUUUUUAACCGCACCAUUAUCAACAUAAGGUUCAUUGCAUUUCCAUUUAUUUCAAUGGGAAACGACGACAAACAAACACGGGUACAUAAAUUCAGUUUUUUAAACCGAGGUUCCACUGCAGAUGUUUAAACUCAAGAAUCACUUCCUUCAUUAGCUGAAAGUUUGUUAGCCUGUAUUUCCCUAGUUGGGAGACUGAGAAUGAGCAUUCUUGGUCUUCUGGGCUUUUCCUUCCAUUUAGGACGACUUUUUAACAUUUUGAGAAAAUCUGAGCAGGGAAGGCCCUGACUGUCUCAUUUAAGAGCUCCUUGCUGCUCAACUUGCACUUGAGGAUUUAGUGCAGGGUUACCAGCUUACUUAUAAUGUUGAGUUACAAAAUUGACAUUACCUUCGAGCAAUCGGAUUUUCUCAGUUUGGUAUCGUUUGACUAUUUUCAACUGGUAAAAUGAGACAUUUUGCCUCCCGUUUCCGGAAGCAUUUUGUUCACAUUGCUCCUUCUGGUCAGCAGCUUUGCCCUCCACUUUUGUUUGGGAGUGAAAAAGCUGCAUUUACUCCUUUGCAUCCAACCUCCCACAUUUUGUUGUCUCAGUUCCUCUUUUCAUUCCUCUUCUUUUAUGUACAAGCAGACUGGUUUGCACUGAAAACGUUUGAUCUUUAAUCAGGUAGGUUUCAGGUUUCUUUUAUCAAGAAAUCCAUUUUAUAGUCAUUGUUCCCAAUAUCUUGUCUUUGGAGUUCCUUUUUUUUAAUAUUUUGUAAAUAACGUAAGAAUAUUUCAUCUUUCCACCUGUGGUCCAGAGUGGUACUCUUACACACACUGUUCACCUUCUUACGACUAUAAAUAUGUGCCUUUGAGACUUGAAAGAAAAUAGUUUUUGAAAUGUUCAAAACAAGUGAGUAAUUGAUCUCAUGAAAAUAUAUUUUCCUGGUUUCUUCUCAUUUACGAUUUCCCCUAAUUUGUGGGUGUCACUCCAAUUGCUAUUUGACACUGAAUAUUUAGUAACCCUGAAUAUGUUGAAUAAAGAUUAUUUUGAUACAUUAAAGUACUUAAUUGCA